UCGCGGACGCGCUCAUUCACUUCAGGUUAGGACUCCCACUGGAGUAAGGAGAGAAGGACGGGGCAGCGUCUGUCGUUAAAACUCGCAGGAGGAAAACGUAAAUCACUCGGAUACACUCCUGGAAACAACGACUUUCAGAACGUUAAACCUGAGCAGCACAUCAGCUGAAAGCCGCGUCGGUUUAUUUUUGGGCCAACGGAUUGAUCCCGGACUGUGUGCGCGCGCGUGUUUUCCUUUGGAUGCACAUACACACACAAACACGCGCGCGCAGUCACACAGGUUGCUAGCGGAGUUAGCCGGGUUUGCUAGCUCGCUGUGGUUAGCUGGGCUUUCCGUCCGCAGGGAGUGAACGCAGAGCGGGGUUAAAGUUUAGAAACAGUGCCCGACAUUUUCCAGACAGAAGGCUGCUGGUUCAGGCAUGAUGUGUGGGUUUUUCGGAGGUUUGUCAAGUUGGCCGGCUGGUAGCAUUGGCUGACUGAAGCCCAGCAUUAGUACCUCGGAUUGGACUCAUGUGUGUUCCCCGCUUCUUCCUUUUCCACUGCUGUUUUUAAACAGUUUUUUUUUUUUUAAAAAGCGGACUUUGCCCUCGGGGUGUUGUAACUCCGCUCCCUAUAUUAAAUAAAAGCCUCAAUUGAUUCUUCUUUUGGAGUUUCUCAACACUUUGCUGGAAGUUUUUAUUUCUUUCUCUUCAAGGAGGAGGUAAAAAAAGUUGUUGUGAAGUUGAGAAGGAUUUUUCCAAGCCUGUGGAAAAAAUGGAUGCGGGAAUAGAGAAAGAAUGCAGCGCCUUGGGAGGGCUCUUCCAGCUCAUCAUGAACGACAUGAAGGCCAGUUAUCCUACAUGGGAGGACUUUGUAUCCAAAGGAAAUAAACUGCAGUCACAGCUCAGAACGACCAUCGUGGUGACCGGAGCCUUCCUGGAUGCUUUUCAGAAGGUGGCAGACAUGGCGACCGGAACCAGAGGUGCCACCAAGGAGAUAGGCUCAGCGCUAACCAGGAUGUGUAUGAGACACCGGAGCAUCGAGUCCAAACUUAAGCUGUUUACCACGUCCCUCUCAGAAGGUCUCAUCACACCUCUUGAGUUGAAAAUGGAGGAGUGGAAAAAAGUGGCCAGUCAGCUGGAUAAAGACCACGCCAAAGAGUACAAGAAGGCCAGAGCAGACAUCAAGAAGAAAUCUUCAGACACCAUCAAACUGCAGAAGAAGGUGAAGAAAGGGAAGGAUGAAGCUCGGGGACAAUUGGACAACGCGCUGCAGGACGUCAAUGUGCGCUACGCUGUGCUGGAGGACACCGAGAAGCGAGCUGUGUGCAGAGCACUGAUAGAAGAAAGAGCUCGAUACUGUAGUUUUGUCAGCAUGCUAAAGCCUGUGCUGGACCAUGAGAUCAACAUGCUGGGUGAGGUGACACACCUGCAGACCAUUCUGGAAGAUCUGACAAACUUGACAGCUGAACCCAAUAAACUUCCACCAGCCAGCGAGCAGGUGAUCCUGGACCUUAAAGGUUCUGAUUUCAGCUACACCUAUCAGACACCUCCAGCUUCUCCCAGUAACACUCUCUCCAGGAAGAGCAGCAUCAGCAGCUACCAGUCAGGAUCAGUGAGACAUGUUCCCUCUUUGGACUCUAUCAGCUGUGCUGUGGAUGGACUACACAUGCAGCGCUGCUCCUCCCCCUAUCUGCUCACCGGCUGCGAUGAAAGCGGUCGAUCUCUCAGCGAAGGGAACUCCCCCUCUCGCCUCGGCCGUCACGGCAGCCGUGGUCGCUAUGGUUACGCAGCUGGCUAUGGCCACCGCCCCGCUGAGAGUCGCCGCUUUAGCCGCAGGGAUUUGAAAACUGAUUCAGUUGGGUCCACCAAUCAGCUGGCCUCUGGGGGAACUGGAGGGGCGGAGAACGGCCUCUUGGCCCCUCCACACAAUGCCUACAUACAUGGAGAGCGAGCUCGCGCCAUGUCUGCAUCUGGAAAGCACUGCUUGGCCCAGGAUCAGCUGGCAUUGUCACUGGGUGCGCUGAAUUCUGACGCCCCGAGAAGCAGCAGAGAUUCUCUGCACUGUUCCAGCGGCUAUAGCACCCAAACAACCACCCCGUCCUGCUCCGAGGACACUAUACACACCCACACUGUAAAGAGAGAUCCUCCUAUCUAUGUCGACUAUGAGUCCAUCUCUCUCCACGGAGACACUGACUCUAUCUCCUUACAUCACCUCUCCCACGGCAACAGCCAGUCAGAUUUCGACAAGUCAUCGACCAUCCCGAGAAACUCUGACCUCAGAUUCCAGUACCGGGAGUUCAUCCACUCCAAGCGUCCUGCCUCUACUGUCAGCCUAUUGGCUGAGUCCGACUUGAGUGGUGUGUCUAACCGCCAGAUGCCAUCCCACACGGCAACCAUCAGGCGCAAACCUUCAUCUAAGCCGCCUUUUCGCAGAGGAACAAUCAGUGGUGGGGUUCCCAUCCCCAUCUCCACCCCGCAGGUUCCACUCAAACCCCUCGGCGGAACCAACGGAAGCGAUGAGAACGUUUUCAAAGUGCCCUCUUCUGUAGGUUUAGGUCACAGUAAACUCUGCACCUCCACCCAGAGCCUUAGUGCUUUACCACCCUCCUCCUCCCCAUACUACCAGAUUGUCCCAGGCCAGAUGCCCAUCCCAGUGCCCAUACCCACUGUUCCUUCACUGCCAUCUGAGGGAGGGAACAGUGUCAAACAACAGCAACAGAGGCAAUACCAGCAACAUCAGCAAUACAGUCAACCACAGCAACAGCACAACCAGCAAUUCCAGAUUCAACAGUUCCAGCAACAGCAACAGAUUCAGCAGCAACAGAUUCAGCAGCAACAGUUCCAGCAGCAGAAACAGAUUCAGCAGCAACAGUUCCAGCAAUGGCAACAGAUUCAGCAGCAGUUUCAACAUCAGCAGCAGCAGCAGCAGUUCCAACAGCCCCAGAUUCAGCAAGCCCAGCAGCUGCAGCCUCAGCACGAUCAGUAUCAGCUGCAGUUGAACCAGCAGCAGAAACAGAAGCUGUUCCAGCAGCAGCAACAGCAGCACCAGGCCUACACUACUCAGGCAGAGCCCUCCGGUGUGCCCAACAACAUCAACUACCAGCCCCAGGCUCCUCCACCCUCCAGCCAGGACCAAAACCCUGAGCAGGUCACCCUAGAAGAAGAAGAAGAAGAAGGAGAUGGAGGAGGCAACAGAAACAUGUUGACCCUUCUUAGAGGAGUAAAGCUCAGAAGGACCAUCACCAAUGAUCGCUCUGCCCCUCUCCUACCCCCUCCAACCAAUCACAAAUGAGGCUGACCAGCAGAUUUUUAUUUCUCUGCUAAACUGUUAAGUUUAGUUUGGUUUCUGAAGAGAUAUCAGAGUGUGUCAGCACAGAGAAAACUCAAACACACUUUGAAAGUGUUGACAGAUUGAUUUUUUUUCGCUGGAACUCAACAUUGCUUGUUUUAUUUUAUAAAUUUACUUGAUUGCCCUUUUAAAUUUAUGUUUUAAGCAUUUUUGAGACUUUUCUGUUGUUGCAGCAAACGUCUUUUUGCCUUUUUUUUCAUGCAUUUUGAUUGUGGAUAAAGUUUUUGUGUGACUCAGUCUUACAGAAAGAACUUUUGAUUUGAUUAUUUUAGUUGGUACUCACUUCCUGGUCAGAAAAUGUCAUUAGGCAGAACAGGAAGCUGUUAGCAUCUUUGGCCUGGCUGUGUUUGAUUUGCUUUCUGCUUAGUCUCCCAGGAUGGCGGGGUUUAUCAGUAGUUCAGUGGACUCACAGUGGUUGAACCAUGAUCGUGGAGUUUCGAAUUUACUGACUCUGGGUCAGUGAUUGUCUGGUGUAUUUGAUCUGAGUAUUUAGUUGGUUUCUGGUCAUCUCAAAGAGCCAAAUGCUAACACUCGUGACUUUGCAUCUGGCUUUAGAUUUAAAUAAGGUAGAACAAGAAAGAGUUUGAGGACACAAGGACUGGGUUUGAGAUAUAUUGAGAUAUAUAUAUAUAUAUAUAUAUUUUUAAGUGGCAUAUGGUCUGAGGUCACUUGAUUGCUCUUACCUUAGAUUGGAGAUUUGUGCCACUCCUGGGACUCCAAAUGUUUCCUCUGAACGUGAGAGUUUGUGGAAUACAAUGAAAAAUGUUACUGUGGGGAAAAACUCUGGUUUGCUGUGUAAAUAAGCAUCAAAUUUUUUUUAGAGCAAAAGUCACAAAUAGACAGCGGUUUGUUGGCAACUUUAUGAGGCAACACUGAUGUUUCAGAAGAAGCGGCUUGACAAAUGUGGGUUGCAUUUUUGCUAAACAUAGCUGGCUAUGAUGAGCUGAACUGUAGAACAAAACUACCACAGGGGACUGAUGGUUUGAAUGUACUUUAUAAGGUAAACGCUGCCAUGUUUCAAGACUUAGAUUUAGUCUAGACUUAGUCUUUAGAUUUAUUUACACAGAUAUUUGCAUCAACAAGAAUGCUUUAAACAUAAUUUUGUUAAAGAGAUAUUGUGGACAAGAUACUACAUGAAUACCAAGAAAUAGGUUUUUGGCAUUUCUUGUUACUUGGUGACCAACAUAUACAUUAAUCCAAAACAACUUUAAAGUAAUUGUUUGUAGUUCUCUUUAUUUCCACUAUUAUUGGAACCCACAGAACCUAUGCAUCGGUUUAUUCUGGUGUCUUCUGUAAAUGCAUGACUGAAUCUGGGUGGUUUGUAGGCCAUGUCGUGAUAAUUCAUGUUAUGUGGCUUUGAAGUCCACUUGAUGAGUGUGCAUAUCCUGGUUACAAUAUUUUAAGGAGUCCUCCUUGUUGUUGUUCCCCUGUAUAGUUAUAGGACAUCAAUGAUGCAGAUUUAAGCACCGCUAACAUGUUGGCACGAGGAACAUUGGAUAAUACAGUUUUAUUCACAAGUAGUAAAAGUUAUGCUGAAGUCAUGUUUGAAGGGCAUCAGGAGCAGAUGUAACUUGACAAUUAUUUCGAUUUUUAAAAAGAGUUAUAUUAUUAUAUAAAAUGUGAGAAAACCAUAAAAAAUGUCUCGUUUUUCUAAAUUACUCAGAUUAUAUUAAACUAAGUUAUUUUUUUCAGCUCUAGUUACAGGUUUAAAAAUUGUUUUUGAGUAUCAACAAAGACCUUGUGAUUUUUCCAUAUUGACUAUUGGAAAAUUCAGAAGCUACUUAUAGCACUAUGCUUUUAUCAUUUAGACAAACAUUUUUCAAAUUAGUUUCUAUAAACAAAGGAUCUGCUAUAUUCAGUGAAGUUUAGGUUUUGCUUGAAGUUUUCAAUUCAACUCCACCCACUGAAAUAUCUCUGAAACAUUCGUUUUAGUUGAUUUACUGUAAUCAACUCGGAUAAAAUGCUGCUGAGCCUCAAACUGUCGUAACUUUAAAUUAAACAUUUUUUCUACAGAGUUUGGUUGGACUGAAAUAGCUGGUUCUAUUUUUGAUCUUUGUUCCAAUUUGGUAAAAUGUUUACCUCUGCUAAUCAUGACCUUCUAAAUCAUAUAAGUCUCUUUAUUUUAUUUUUUAUUCCCUGUUUUGUUUUUGUUUUAUUUUGUUUUUUAGUUUAUAGUCCUUUAAGUCACACCUCAGAUGUUUUCAGUAAUUAACCUGGAGUUUUGUCUUCUGAUGCACUUCAGUCUAAGACCAUGAGAAAUUGGGGGCGCUCACUUCCUGUGCUUGAACCAGAAAAAUAUAGCAUCAAGUGCAGGUUAAUAAAAGUUGACUAAAGAAAUAAUUUGUAGCUUAGCAUAUUUUACCAUGGCAGCCUCAUUACUUGGGUGUUUCCUGCUAAUACAGCUGCUAAACCGAUGUGUUGCUUCUAAAAGUUGCCCAUCUUCUUCAUUUGUGAGCUGUUAGCAUGUUGGACUCAGAUUGUCCUCAGUUAAAGAUUUGGCGAAUUUGAGUGGUUAAAAUAAUUUUUGUUGGAGCAACAGCUGAUUACUUUUAUAAUAAUUUAAUGUGGUAGUUCUUCUGUUGAUUAAUCCAACAAUAAUUAGGUUUAUAAAAGAUCAGGAAAUGGAACAAAACAGUCAAAUGUCCAAAAUCCAUAAAUAGUCAAAUUACAAUUUUAGAAAUCAAAGAAAAAGGUUUUUUUUUUCUUUUUGUGUUGGGGGGUCUUUUUUUUUUUUUUUUUUUAAAUAAUUGAUUAAUGAAUUAUUAAUUUUUCCACAUUGUUUUAAUUCUUAGCUCAAAAUUUUACAUUCUAAUAAAUUAUUUCCUCUGAUUCUUAAAACUUAAAAUUUUGGUUUAAAAAUUAUAUAAAACAUGGACGUAGCUUCUAUAUUUAAGUGAAUACCUGCAUUCUCACUAACAGCCAACACGGGGGACAAAUGUUGUUAGAAAAAGAAGUCUGUGGACAAACAACCAUACUUCUUACUUAUCUGUGAUCUCCCUUUCCUGAUGAGUUGUUGGGCUCUGUCACUGCUUUGAAUACAACGUUAUUUUCAUUUUAAUUCUUCUUCCUAUUAGUCUCAUAAAGCAAAGUGAGGGUUAGUUUAAGCUGUGCAGUGUUUCUGGGAUUCUCAGAUUGCCCUCUUGCUCGUGCCAGCAGUGGGUGAUUUCAGAGGCUACAUCCAUCUUUUAUGUACAGUCUGUGCCUAUUGGACAGAAAAUUAUAACAUGAUAGCAAUUAUGAUACUUUCUACCAAAAUUAUACCUGAAACUGCUGAGACGACAUUAAAGCAGGAAAAUUUAAGUUAAUUCAACCGGUAAAUUUUUUAUUUUGGUUCGUAGCUCCUAAUUUCUUUGGUGCGAGGAGCUCUGGGCCUCAGUAUUUCUAAAGUUCUACUUUGAAGCUGCCUGUGAGAGACCUGCUGCAUGCUGGGAAAUGCAGUCUGCUUUGUGGUCAGCUGGUCCUGGUCAGUUCCCGGAGAGACUUUUGUGUACUUUUUGUGACUUCCUGCAGCUUCAUUCUGAUUCGUCUUUAAGCCUCUCUUUUUGAUUGGACCCAAUGAGCCCCACAGCAGUUGUGUAUGUAUAUAUUAGUGCUUCUAUUCCUGGGAGAGAUCUAAGUCUAUAAAUCUAUAUAAAGAUGUACGUAUACGUAUCCUGAUUGUACUUUUAUUUUGUUGAUUUAUUAUUGAUCUGAUGACGUGGUUGGUUGGAUCUGAUGCUGCCAGUGAUCGUCGCUCAUCAUAAUUUUUUUUGUAGAAAAGCUUUAAAGGAGGAAACCCAGUGAACUUCCAGGUCUUUGAGGAUCUGAUACCUGAUUGGACAUCAGACUGUUAAACAAAAGGACUGAAAGGACAUCUAGAUGAUAUAAACCAAGAGAAUGUAGACAUGUUCUGUUCUUCAUCUUUUGACGCUCGCUGUGGGAUCAACAACAACAAUAAUAAUAAUAAUAAUAAUGCUGAUGCUAAUUGGUUCUGGUAUUUUUUUUGUCUGUGUUCUGUUUACUGUACUCUUUACACCUGUAGCAGUAUAAAUUUGCUGUAGGAGUGCUCUGUUUCUAUAAAAAGUUCAAUAUGCAGAAAACUGAAGGACUGCUGACAGCUAUUCAUAGAGCUGAAACUCUACAAAAUAAGCAGUUCUGAAAACUUUGGUCAAACACUGCAAGUAAACAUUCAUCUUUUGUUUUUGUCCUUAUUUUUGUUGUAUUGCAGCUACUUUAUCAUUUACAGUACCAGCCAGCACCUCCUCUAACUGAAGUGCUCUCACAUGAUCCUCUGGGGUGUGAUUUAGGCGUGUGUGGGGUACAAAUACAAAAUCCUUUCCACGGAGUACAGCGAACACACAUAACAGUGUCCUCAAAAGGGACCCUUUACGCUGCUCCUUAUUUUCUGCCAUUUAUAUAUUCUGUUAGUGGGAUGGAUGUUAAUGGUUAAACAUGGCCAACGUUUCAAAUAAAGAGUUCAACAUUUUUACAAGUAAUCACCAAGAGCCAAAAUCUCAAAGUGCUUUUAGUUCCUUUCUACUCUUACAACUGUACGAUGUCAUUAAUAGCAUAUAUCCCUAUUGUGGUCAUCUCAGAACAGAAGCCCCACCCACAUCAGAAGAUAUGUAUCCUAAAGGGGCCCUGUUCUGCGUAUUUGUUUGCCCAACUACAGAAGCUCAGCAUGAUUUAUCCUGUAAUGUUCACGCUGCCAUGCAAAAGCAGUGGUACCUGUGCUUCUGUAGGACCAGUGAAGUGGCGGACGAGUAAAAAGCGAUUACAGUUGUGUUUUUUUAUUGAAUUUAUUGAAAGGAUCCUCAAUAAUCUGAAUGAUGGGCAGUAAA